CCGUUGCACGCGUGCACUGAGUCAGUUUCGACAAGCUGUUGUGGGGCUCCACUUACUUUCACUUGACCGCUUCAGUCACCGAACUAGUGCAUUCAAAUCGACUUAUUUUUCGAUUCAACGGCUUCAAGUGAUAAGAAUGGCGACCGACUCCUGGGCCCUGGCGGUGGACGAGCAAGAAGCCGCGACGGAAUCGAUCAGCAAACUGCAGUUGAGGGAAAGGGUGGAGGAAAAUGGCUCAACUUUGAAUUCAGCUGACUCCAGCAGUAGUGCACCUGGAAACACAGAAGGCGAUGGAGAGACCAAACCCACAGAUGAUGACACCGACGACAAAGCAGCACAGUCAUUAUUGAACAAGCUGAUCAGGAAUAACCUUGUGAAUACGACAAAUCAAGUGGAAGUCCUUCAGAAGGAUCCAAACUCCCCUCUCUACUCUGUCAAGUCGUUCGAGGAGUUGAGACUCAAACCACAACUGCUGCAGGGUGUGUACGCAAUGGGAUUUAACCGGCCCUCCAAAAUCCAAGAGACGGCAUUGCCCAUGAUGUUGGCCGAACCUCCACAGAAUCUGAUAGCACAGUCACAGUCUGGCACAGGAAAAACGGCUGCCUUUGUUCUGGCCAUGCUGAGCCAUGUGGACCCCAAUCACAAGUACCCUCAGUGCCUCUGUGUGUCCCCCACCUAUGAACUGGCGCUUCAAACUGGUAAAGUCAUUGAGCAGAUGGGCAAACACUAUCCCGAGGUCCAGCUGGUCUACGCUAUCAGAGGAAACAAGUUGCAGCAAGGCAUGAAGCUUCAGGAGCAGAUUGUCAUCGGCACCCCGGGCACCAUGCUGGACUGGUGCAGGAAGUUCAAGUUCAUCGACCCCAAGAGGAUCAAGGUGUUUGUGCUGGACGAGGCCGACGUCAUGAUCGCCACACAGGGACACCAGGACCAGAGCAUUCGCAUCCAAAGGAUGCUGCCCAAAACCUGCCAGAUGUUGCUGUUCUCUGCCACGUUUGAAGAGUCGGUCUGGAACUUUGCCAAGCGCAUUGUGCCUGAGCCAAACAUCAUCAAGCUGAAAAGAGAAGAGGAAACGUUGGACACCAUCAAGCAGUUUUACGUCCUGUGCAACAACAAGGAGGAGAAGUUCCAGGCUUUGUGUAACAUCUACGGCGCCAUCACCAUCGCCCAGGCCAUGAUCUUCUGCCAUACGAGGAAGACGGCAGGCUGGCUGGCAGGGGAGCUUUCCUCUGAAGGCCACCAGGUGGCGCUGCUGAGCGGUGAGAUGCAAGUCGAGCAAAGGGCCGCCGUCAUUGAGCGCUUCAGAGAUGGCAAGGAGAAGGUGCUUGUCACAACUAACGUGUGCGCACGAGGCAUUGACGUGGAGCAGGUGUCCGUGGUGAUCAACUUCGACCUGCCCGUCGACAAAGACGGCAACCCUGACAACGAGACUUACCUGCACCGGAUCGGCCGCACCGGGCGGUUUGGCAAGCGCGGCCUGGCCAUCAACAUGGUGGACAGCAGGCAGAGCAUGAACAUCCUCAACCGGAUCCAGGAUCAUUUCAACAAGAAAAUUGAAAAGCUUGACACAGACGAUCUUGAUGAGAUCGAGAAAAUUGCCAGCUAAGCAGAAGAUCCAGGACUGAGGGCAUCCGAGACAUGCUUUUAUUUUAUUUUUUUAGCUGUGGAAGAAAGCGUAAACCACCAUGACUGUAUGUUUACAAUAGGUCUUUCUUCUUUUUUAACCAGUGUUUUGUACGCGCUUGGGACGUACCCCAUUUCACUCCUUACUACUAAAUAAAGUAUCACAUGAUUUUCUCUUUAUGGUGAGCAGGAACAGUCUUUUUGUUCGACACUUUUUAUGUUGGUCUUUUUGGUUCCGCUAAGAACCUUUUUAAGCUUUAUUGGGAAAAACGGCUGAACAAGUUGGCGGCGCAGAGCUCCAGCUGCAGCUUCAAAUGACUGCACCCGUUGUGGUCUGAUUUUGACGCCGCCUUGUUCACGUUUUCCCAAAACUGCACCAAACAAAUUGAAUGUAUCACAUCUGUAGAGAGUGAAGUUGGGUAUGUUGCUCAACCAUUUGAACAUUGAGUUUCAGAAGGGUUUCACUGGUCUAUGCAAAUGAAUCUGUGUCGUAAUGAUGAAUUCUCCAUCAACCUCAGCUUUAGCGUCUGUGUCAGUCAGUCUACACUAACGCACAAUCCAUACUUGUCUGCUCGGAAACCAUCGGGAGUUUCAUUCAGUCCAACUGAACCAAGGUCAUCGCCAUUGUUUUAGCUUUUGGGGCUUCGCUUUCUUCUCGUAGUCUUCGUUUCGUCCGCCACAAUCUUACUUCAGGGUCUCCAGAUGAACUGCUACAUCCUUCAUGUGUUUCUGAGCGAUAGCUGCGAAUGAAAACUACUCACUGAUUUCCUCAAGUGCAUUACACACAUAUAUAUAUAAAGAUAUCAUUUUGUUCAUGUUCAAAUCCAUUGGGCUUGAAAUUUGAAUUCUAUAUUGUAGAAUGUGUGAAUUUUUCAAACCAAAUGCUGAACUGAGGCGAGGACCUAUUUGCCAAUCAGAUUCACUACGUUGCCGCUGUUCGGCCGCGUGGACAGAAGACGUGGACUUGUGUACACAUUUGAACAUGAAAUUUAGUCACAGUAAAUCCGAGUGUGUGUCACUUCUGAGAAGUGAAAAGAACAUUCCUCACGACAGCACCUCAGUGAUGUGGGGAGCAAAAAUCUGUCGUCUCCCUCUGCGGGUGGAUGCACCUAAAAUAAGAAACCUCAUCGGGCUUAGCCUGGUUCAUGGACUGUUUACUGAUCACGUCCCGAAACGCGAAGAUGCCGUGGAGUGUGUCGGAGGGUUAACGGACAUUUGGGGAUCUAAACAUUGUAUGCAGUCACAUUUGGAUGUAAACAGUGAGCACUUUGUUUCUUCGUUUUGAGUACGACUGUCGUGGACACAGCAUUUGUGGGUUAGAACUCCUGCACGUGUGAAGGUGUUUGAUAAACGGAAGCUAUGACAUCUCGUGUAUGAAAAUGUGUUGUUGUAUUAUACUGCUGCGAGUGUGUGCUAGCUGAGCGGAGUGUAUUCUCAAUAUGAUCAAUUAAAAACAGGUAGAUGUUC